AUGGGUGAUAUUGUGCUCUCGCAGAAAAAGCGCUAUGCGCUGAUCGGCACUGGUGGAAGAUCCGCUCUGUUCUACACAAGCAUUGCAAAGGAUUACAAUAAGACCAGCACUCUUGUUGCAAUCUGUGAUACCAACCAGACCCGACUCAACUAUGCGAAAGCCAAGAUUGAGGCCUUGGGCCAUGAAUCCAUCCCAACCUAUCUCGCUGCUGAUUUCGAUCUUAUGAUCAAGGAAACCAAACCGGAUGAGGUUAUUGUCACCACAAUCGACCGUACUCACCACACUUACAUUGUCCGUGCCUUGGAGCUUGGCUGUAAUGUCAUUACUGAGAAGCCAAUGACCAUCGAUGUAUCGCAAUGCAACGAGAUCCUUUCGGCUGUCGAUCGUACCAACCAGAGAGUCAGGGUCACCUUCAACUACCGUUAUGCACCGCAUAACACCAAAAUCUUUGAACUCAUUCGAUCCGGCGCGAUCGGUACCGUUACAAGCAUCCACUUCGAGUGGAUGCUCAACACGUCUCACGGUGCAGACUACUUCCGACGGUGGCAUCGUGAUGCCCGGAACAGUGGAGGCCUUCUUGUUCAUAAAUCCACUCAUCAUUUCGAUUUGGUCAACUUCUGGUUGCAAUCUCGACCAAAGACAGUCUAUGCACAGGUUCUACGGAAAAAGAACGCCGAGGAGCGGGGUGUGACCCAGUUCUACUCGAGAGCUCAUGGCAGCGAGGUAGCUAAGAAUGAUCCAUUUGCAUUGCACCUAGGCGAAACCCCUCAGUUAAAGUCUCUCUAUCUGGACGCCGAGCAUGAAGAUGGUUACUUCCGUGAUCAAAGUGUCUUUGGCGAUGGAAUCAGCAUUGAAGACACGAUGAACGUGCUUGUUCGAUACGAGAACAACGCAGUCAUGACCUACUCUCUCACGGCAUAUGCCCCCUGGGAGGGAUUCCGUGUCAACUUCAACGGAACAGGCGGUAGACUGGAGGCAGAGGUUGUCGAGAGCAGCUAUGUGAACUCGGGUGGGGAGCAAUCACUGGAAGGCGCUGCUGAAACUACAACUCUCCUUUUGCGACCUUUGUUCCAAGAGCCGCGCAAGGUGGAGAUUGUGCAAGGCGAAGGUGGGCAUGGGGGUGGUGAUAAUGUACUGCUUCGUGAUCUUUUCGGAGAAGCUGAACCCGAUGAGUACAUGAGAGCUGCUAGUCACAUUGAUGGUGCUGCUUCUAUUCUGACCGGUGUUGCUGCCAAUCGCUCGAUCCGUACUGGACAAGUGGUGAACGUCAAAGACAUUCUCGACCUCCCUUGA